AUGUAUUGUUCAGAUGAUAAAUUACCGAAAGCUAGCAAAUUAUAUUGAAUUAGAAAUUAUUUUCUAGUCUGGUUAACAGGAACGUGUCUAACCAAACCAGUGAAUUACACCAAUGACCGGAGUUUAGCUUAGCUUGCUAAUGUACAGAUUAUAGUUUUAUAGCUCCCUCAGCUGAUUCAAAAUGAUGACAGGGAGCUGAAUUCUGUGACCAGACAUUAUGACACUCUUUCACUUUGGGAACUGUUUUGCCCUGGCGUAUUUCCCUUAUUUCAUAACUUACAAGUGCAGUGGCCUUUCAGAGUACAAUGCCUUCUGGAGAUGUGUCCAGGCUGGGGCAACUUACCUGUUUGUCCAACUCUGCAAGAUGCUCUUCCUGGCUACAUUUUUCCCCACGUGGGAAGGAGGAGCUGGAGUUUAUGACUUUGUUGGGGAAUUUAUGAAGGCAACAGUGGACCUGGCAGAUCUGUUGGGCCUUCAUCUUGUGAUGUCUCGUAAUGCUGGUAAAGGAGAGUAUAAGAUCAUGGUGGCUGCCAUGGGCUGGGCAACAGCAGAACUUGUGAUGUCAAGGUGUCUUCCCCUUUGGGUGGGAGCCAGAGGGAUUGAGUUUGACUGGAAAUACAUCCAGAUGAGCUUUGACUCUAACAUUAGCUUGGUCCAUUACAUUGCCAUGGCAGCAGUGGUAUGGAUGUUCACACGAUAUGACCUUCCUAAGAGCUUCAGGCUUCCUGUUACUGUGCUGCUGGCUCUGUGUGUCUACAAGGCCUUCUUAAUGGAGUUGUUCGUCCACAUCUUCCUGUUGGGCAGUUGGACAGUGCUGUUGGUGAAAGCUGUACUGACUGGCGCCAUCUCUCUCUGCUCACUGUUUCUCUUCGUCACUUUGGUCCACAGCAACUAAGUAAAACUCAGCACCCUGGAAUAAGCCUUCAGCAGUCUUUGUGGAGCAGACUGAACAACAGGUUGCUAUAAAUCAGAAGCUGACUCUUGACACCAUUUCAGUCUUACUAUCGCACCAAAGUCUACUGAAAAGUGCUUAUCGAUGGUAGUAGUUGGACUCGUCUGAUGUACAAAACAGGCUAACGUACAAGCUGCCAACUGCUGAGCUAACCAGUUCUUCCAGUUUGCUUUGAUUGGCCUGUACUGAUCACUGAUGGAAAACACGCACUCACAGUGAAACUUUGUGACAUCAGGAGGCUUUUUAGGUUUUGUUAAAGGGUGAAUUUUGUAUCAUUAUGACCACAAAUGAAUUGAGACUUUAUAAAUAACAUAAUUCUUCUCUAUCUGUUGUCCAUUGAGCCAUGCUUAGAUUAAAUCGUAAAGUGAAUUUAUAACUGAGUGACAGUGAUAUCCACUUGAUGCUGCAUUGCCACACAUUUAUCAAUUUAUUUAUAUAUGACUAAAUAUUAAGUAGUUAAAACAUAACUGUAGCAGGAUUUUUCUCACUAUUGAAGAAAUUGUAUUAAAGAUGAAAUUAAGUUUAAUUGAAAACUGAAUGCAGCCUGUACUGAGGUCCACUCAGCAUUAUGACCACAUUAUGUUGACUUGUAAGCAUCUGUGAUUUUGACAUUAAAUUAUGUUUUUGUCUUAUCAA